AUGCUCCUCUUCAGUUCAUUUCUCCAAGCCGGCAUUGACAACAUUCACGGUUUGGCUGAGGAGCCAGGCGCAAUAAUCAACCGACUGGUCGAUGCCGUCUCGACUUUGGUGACCACCAACGAAAAACUACACGGCACCAUGGAAUGUCUUGAGUGCAUCAUCUACGAGUCAGUGUUUCACAAGACCAAUGGAAACCUGAGAAAGGCAUGGCAAGUCGUGAGGAGAGCAUUGUUAGUUGCUCAGAUGAUGGGCAUCCACCGCUCCCGCCCACCACCGGUCAAAAACAUUGAUCCUUCCUGCAAGACGGAACCCCAUUUUGUCUGGUUUCGCAUUCUCUACCUGGACCGCUAUCUUUGCCUAAUACUUGGACUUCCACAGGGCACUCCUCAUACUGAAAUGCCCCCUGACUCCGUGCUGGCUUCGGACGGACCCCUGGACAAGCUUGGCCGACUUCAAGCUGUGAUAGCUUCACGGAUAAUAGAUCGCAACGAGAAAGGCCUUCAAGCGGAUGACUUGAAUCUCACGCAGGAGAUCGACUCAGAGCUCAUCAAGGUAGGCUCAACUAUGCCCGAAGAAUUUUGGAUAUCCCCAAGGUUCGUCGGUGUCAGUGUUGGGUCCGAGGAUGAGUUUUGGGCCAUGGCUCGCGUAUCCGCCCAGAUGUUCUACUUCAACCUGGUGACUCAACUCCACCUACCAUAUCUCCUCCUCUUCGACCCUGAUCCUAAGUAUGACUAUUCAAGAAUCGCCUGCAUGAGUGCAAGCCGUGAGCUCCUCACGCGGUUUCUCGCUUCCCAUCAGUUUAGGAGCGCAGGGGCAUGCCAUCGUGCCUUGGGUUUCCUUGCCCUGGUGGGCUCCAUGGCACUGCUUCUUGGGCAUGUUGACAGCCGACUGCAUCCGAAGAUCACUAGUGUCUUUGCGCACCAGCGUCGCAGUGAUCGUGCCAUGAUAGAGUGCAUGCUUCAGGCCGCCGAGGACGUGAGGGGAUCCGAAGGUAGACUCCUGGACGAAAAAAACGAGCAAGCCUUACGACGCCUGCUGGUUGUAGAGGAGGACUUUUUUAAAGGGCGUAACUACACUGUGAGAAUUCGGUCUGGCCCUGCUGUUGAGGAUGAAGAUGUGGAUGAUGGAGCAGAGGAGAAAGGCUCCAAAAUUAUUGGCAUCCCUAUUCCUCAAUUUAGCCAUAUCACGAUUGAACGCCGACAGGUGGCUUCCAAGGAUCAAAACGAAGAUGAAUUUGAUCCACAAUCUGGACUGAUGCCCCUAAUGCCGGAUUUUGACAUUGAUAUGGACCAAUUUCUGGUAUUGGAUUCCCCAGACUUUCCCUCAGAAGCCUUGGCGGCCACUCAGACACAGAUAUUUGGAACUGCACCUUUUGUGCCGCGGUUGUCGGGCGUCAAUGUCAGCGAUUCAUCAAUGCGAGAGGAAGAUCUUCCGGAUGAGAUUCUGGGUUUAAAUAACUGGACUUCGUAG